UUGAAAACUCUGCUGCUUGAAUUCACACCGGCUGUGCUGUCGUCAUUCAAAACAACAGAGCUCACUUUGGAUCAGUAUCAUUCCAACAUGUGUAGAGGACUUGCUACGCUUCCUGCAACAUGCUUAAAAAGCGCCAAAGACAUCAAACAUAAAAUAUCCUUCUUACUCCAGAAGCCGGAGCACCACACAUCUCAUCAGAGUCAGAUAAAAGAGAAAAAUGAUGCUGCAGCUGCUAAGAGUGGGCCAACUGCAGCUGAGGUGAAGAAAUGGAAGGAAUCUUUCAACCAUGUGAUUACCAGUGAGAUGGGUCGUACCGUCUUCGGCAACUUCCUGAAGUCAGAGUUUAGCAAGGAGAAUCUGGACUUCUGGGUCGCCUGCGAAGUAUACAAGAAGUCUGCUCCUUCUAAGAUGGCCAACAGAUCCAAGCAGAUCUACCAGCAACAUGUUGAGGCCGAUGCCACCAAUGAGGUGAACUUAGACGCGGCCACCAGAGAGGAAACAAAGAAAAACGUAGAGAACCCCUGCCCGUGUUGUUUCGACGAGGCCCAGCAGAUGAUCUACACCUUGAUGGAGAAAGACUCCUACAGGCGCUUCCUCAACUCCAAACUGAUCCAGGAUCUGACACGGACCACUGCUGCUCAGGAGAAGAAGGAACGGAAAAUCUCUGACAGUGCCAAGAACGGGCAGGCCUUAACGGGUGGCGCCUAAACAGCAGAGUGAACACUGAAGACUGGAAGAAGAAUGUGCCAAAGACUGAAAAAGUACUGGAAAGUUAACACUGGUAAAGAACGGUUGGUUUUUGUCUUAAAUAUGUAUUGAGUAGAAAAAAGUGGUUUUGAACGUGACAUUUGUUGAAGACUUUAUUUCUGUUUUAUACUUUGAAGGUCCAAUUUACGAAGGUGAAUCAAUAUUUAAUAUUUUAACAACUAUGUUUAAAUGUUUGCAGCCUGCUAUUCAAGCCAUGGCCAGGUCAUAUAGAUACUCACAACAGAAAACAAUCUACCUCCACCCAACAGACACACCUUCAAACAACAACUGCCAGUGGAGCCUUUUGUGAGAGAGGUUUGUUUUCUUUGACAAAUAACACAUUUUUUGUUCUUUAACUGACCCAAUUUAACUUUAAAGAUGAGAGCAUAGAGACCACGAUCACACUGAGCGAUAUUCUGUGAAAGCUCUAUAAAAGUGAGGAUGACUAAACUAUCAGUGCUUUUAUUUAUUUUUAUUUUUAUUAUCAUGUUGGUCAGUAAUCCAGUAUGUAGGUUUUAUUGAACUAAAUUCAAUCAACCUUAAUGUAUUCAUCUGCAAUGCAAAAGUGUUGAUAUGGUUAUAAUAUUAACUUACAGUAGGCUAUAUGCACCGAACACAAUUUAAAGAUGACAUAUAAUGCACAUUUACAGAUUCAAACUUGGAUUCAGGGUUUCUACCUGAACAUGUUUACAUGCUUUAAAGUUCAAAAAACACAUUAAUUUUCUUUACAUUUGCUGCCUGAAAAAAAUCUGUAUUCCCACUGUUUGAAACACUUCGUUUUAGCGCCUAUCUUUAUAAAAUCCCUCCGUCAGAAAAACAGUUUAUUUGAAACCAUUUCUCCCCCAGACAGCCUACACAAAUCUGUCAGGGUCUUCUAUUCUGUUUUGUGGGUCAGAUACCCAAAUGAAUGUGCACAAACAAAGUGUUAGCAUUUAGCUUUACAUUAUGUUCUUCUUCAUUUCCUACGUUAACAUUCAUCAUGCAAGCACAACUGCAAACGUUUCAAGGUUCAAGGGUUCAAGGUUCUUUAUCGUCAAACUAACAUAGCUACAGAGUAAUUAUGUCGUUGAAAAUCUUAGCUCAGAGGCUU